AACGGGGCCCAGGCUCGCUUUUGAUAUGGAUAACGGGAAGGAUGAAAAAAACAGGACACUCUGUGCAACUUCACGAGAAGAGAUGAAAGUCCGAGGAAAAGAAAAAAGGAAACGAAAACGCAGUAGAAGCAGAUCAUCAUCCAUUUCAUCUUCAUCGUCUUCUAGCACCACGUCUACUUCUUCCUCCUCAUCACGCUCGUCAUCAAGAUCACCUUCCUCAAGUAGCCGAGAUUCUCCUAAGUCUAAAUCAAAGAAGAAGAAUAAAGAAAAACACACCAAAAAGAAACAGAAAAAAGAGAACAAAAUGAAGAAGAAAGAAAAGAAGAAAAAAAGAGAGAAAGCAGGACCUGUCCAGCUUUCCAAGUUCUUUAAAAACAAAAAGAAGAACGAAAACUACAGUAUGAUAACUGGAAAGAAAAUUAAGAUGAGAAUAAAGAAGACUAAGAAGGAUAAAGAGAGAGACCGGAACCGCGCAGAACUCCUGGAAUUUCUGAACUCUGCCUUAUAAUGGGAAGAGUGCUGACCAAGGACUUAGUGCUGACCAAGGACUUGUAAAUAUACCAACGCAGCGAUCAUCAUGCCUAGCAAAACACUAAAGGGAAACUCAGGGAAAAGGACACCAAGUUUGACAAAACCAGAAUUUCCUGCUGAAAAGACAAUCAGGAUGUCCUUACUAAUUGCAAAAUGAAGAGUAACUGAAAACUUGUUAAUGAAAAUCCAUGUCCUCCUUUUGAGAUCCUAAGGUAAUAGCCAGGCUAUGGUGUUCUGGAAGAGCCUAAAAGUAUGUUGUUGGCAAUGAUCAGAGAUGACACGCUGAAGUCCAGUAAUGUAAUUUCUGUCUGAACUGCACGCAGAACACACUCUUAAUUUCAAACGUCUUAAUGUUUCUAGUAGUUUAAGCAAAGUAUUUGUAAAUGUCUAUUUGAGAGAUGAGGCAUUUCUAUAUGUAUUUUUUCCAGUAGUGGUU